UAUGUUUUUCGUCGAUUAGCCGAUUCAACAUGUUCAUUGAUGAAUUCAAUAUUUGUGAGCAUUGAUGAUUAUCUAAUGGUGUUUGGUGUCGCAGUCAUACCACAAUGACAUCUCGAGAAGAGUCCCCACCGCCCCCUCCUCCCCCACCCCCUAAAAAGUCGGGAGAGAAGAAUCUAACACAGCAGGGCUAUCAGCAGCAGCCAGUCCACUAUGGUCAGAGUUACUCCACAGUAGGCAGUUCUUACUACCAACAGACAGCCCCCAAAGCAGCUAGUAAUACUACAGGCACCAGUGAUCCCAACUCCCAAUAUGUAUAUCAACAGACAGCUUACAAUCCAUAUCAAGGAUAUUCCACUGCAAGCCAGCAGACAGCAACACCCCAACAAAGCACUACAAAUACCCAAUACAAUUACAGUAAUCAAGAAUGGACUGGAGGACAAAACCCUGCCCAAGAUCAGCAAUCCAGCUAUGCUACUACUACUACAGCAGAUCCUGCGACACAGAGUUAUCCCCAGUACAAGGACACUUCUGGCUAUUACAACACCAGCCAGAACUACCCUGGCUACACGACUGCAAACCAGUACCCUCCGGGCGUAGGAGGUCAGGCUAAUUACGACUCCUACCAGAAUGCAGACUACAACUAUAACAGCUAUUAUGGAUCUGGAUACGAUGGUUACUAUGGCUAUAUGAACAAUUCACAGGAACAAGGUGUAUCAUCAACAGGGUGGGAUUCUUACGGACAGUCUAAUUACACAGGUCAACAAGAUGCAAAGACACAGAGUGCUAGCAAUGCAAACAACAAUCAGCAUCCGCAACAGAAGCUUCCUCCCCAGAGAGAUCCCCGUCUGGAGAAGAGAGGGGGUGGAGGACAGGCAGCAGGAGCUGGAAGAGGGAGGGACAGCUUUCCGCCCCAGGUCAACAACAGAAGCCAGCCAGAAAAGCCAGGAGACGAACAGGGAAGGAGGACAUUUAAUGAGAUGGGCUCAAGUAGAGGUGGCAGAGGAGGUCAAGGGUCAAAUAGGGGAGCAUACAGUGGAAGUUACAGAGGUGAUAGUUUUGAGUAUGGAAAACAGUACGAAGAUUCAAGUUACAAGAGAGGGCCACCACCACCACAGAUGCCCCCAGUGAAUAAUAAUUUUGAUGGUCCUCCAGAUAGAAGAGGAUAUAGUGAUAAUAGGGGAAGUGCAUAUGAUCAGAUGUAUCCACAUGUGGAGGAAGCUUACGGACCAUAUCAUCAUAUGGAUAAAGGAUGGAAUAGGAAUGAACACUGGAGCAGAGGAUGGCCCGACAGCAACCGGGAUCCUAGAGGAGGGGAUCAGGGAAGAGAGAGAGUCGGGAUGAGGGGCAGGGGAGAUAGAGGUGGAGGGCCACGAAGGCGUGGUGGAAUGGAUAGGGGUGGGAUGUCAGGUAGAGGCAGGUACAGGGAUGAUGGAGGUAGUCUACAAAACCAGCCUCCACCUCAUUUUCGAGGUGGAUCUAGUCAUAGGGGGAGGGGAAGAGGAGGGCCAAAUCUCACACAUAAUGACAACAGAGUUGAUCGUAACCAAAGAUCUUUCACAUAUAAGAAUGACGGUGUUAAAGACAUUCAGAGUGAUAACAAAGCCAUGUCCACAAAUAGGAAUGAUACAAAAGACAUAAAGCAAGCAGAAAAACAUAAAGUUGAGGUGAAAUCUGAAACCAAUGAGCAGCCACCUGUGAAAAAGACUUGUAAAGUGGAACACAAGGUGGGAGUAGUAAAGUCCUCAUCUUCACCCCCAGCCAUUAAAGCAGAGAUGGGUACGGAAGUUUUCCCAAAAGUGGAACACAACACUGUUGUAACCGAGUCACUUUCAACAGAAAAACUGGAACAACCUGAGGAUGCAGCUGCCAUUCUGCCAGACAGCACGUCCAAGGAUACCAUAACGGGGCCUUCGCCAGCCAAGAAGCGGAGGUCCACGGAUGAUCUUCCAGUUGACCCUGAUGUGGAGAAGGCACUGGAAGAAAUGAUGAGUCCCUUAUUUUGUAAACUGUGCAAUCUGACAAUCAAUCACCCAUCCCAAGCCCAGUCUCACUACAAUGGCAAACACCACGCCAAGAAAGUCCGGCUGUACAGGCAGUCUGCAGCCCUGGAGGCCACUCUGGCAAAGAAAGCGGCUCAGGGCGACCUUGUGACCACAGUUAACCUUGUCACAGAGGUAAAUCCAGUUACAGAGCCAGUUGAUGACAAACCAAAGGAAGAAGAAGAAGAAGAUAAUAAGGCCAUGAGUGAGAGUGUUAUAGAGAAAAUGAAGGAUGAAAAUGACCGUGUGUACUGCAAGUUGUGUCAAGUUGCUUUCAACUCGCCAAAACAAGCCAUUCAACACUACGAAGGCAAAAACCACGCCAAGAAGUUGAAGGCAGCGGGCAUUGUCCAGAUAUCGGACACAGACAAACAACACGUUAAAAUAGAUGGUGCUGUAUUUGAGUGCAAGAUGUGCAGUGUUCAGGUGACAUGUAACGAACAGUUGCAGUCCCAUUUAAAUGGAGCCAAACACAAGGGCAAACUAAGGUCUCUGGAGAAAGCAGCCGACACAAAUCGAGGCAGAUGGGGAGUUAGAGGGAGGGGCAGGGGCAGAGGCCGUGGAGGAUACACAGGAUUCACGGGAGAGGAGCACAAUGUGGUGACCAUUCAGACCCAGCAGUCUCGGAAAAGAGGGCGGGACUACUCCAACUUCCGUACCCCGAGUGGGAGUUACUACUGCAGCAUCUGUAACGUGACCGUGAACGGAGAGAACCAGUUUGCUCAGCACAUGGACAGUCGCAAGCACAAGAGCAAAUACGCCAAUCACAAGAUCUCGGAGGAAGAGCAACAGCAACAGGAAGUGGCUAGCUGAGAACAGGAGGAAUCUCUGUGUGUCUGUUCAGACAAGGUGCAUUGUGGGAAGAACUGGUACUGUGCACACAUUUGUACAAACAUUUUCACUACUGAUCUACUUUGAAUUCCAUGUUUCAUGUCAACAGGAGAACUCAUUGACAUUCUGAAAGUGAUGGAAUCGCCAUAAUUUCUCCUUGAUAUGUUGCAUACAUGUAUGUUAAGGCUAUCUGAAUUGAUGAACAACUAGAACUUACUACAAAUUUAGUGACAUUUAUAGCUCCAUAGUACAUGGAGAAGGUUCAACAAAGUUGAACAGAUUUCUGGAACUCUCCCUUGGAGAUGUUCUGUUAGACUAUAAACAGUACACAUUUUAACAGCACAUACAGCAAAACUUGUUUAUAAUGAACCAUAGAAAAAACUUUGUUAUAGCCGUAAUUCAUUAUAUGAUUAUAGCGAAUAUGUAAGAAAUCUUCUGGCAAAUUUGUUAUAAAAUAACAGUAAUGACAGUACUUCAAGUUAUAGUAAAUAAUGAUAAAAUCAAUAUUACUGACAUUUGCAAAAAAAUUCAAUAUAAUCAUUUACCUUCAAUUUUAAAAAAAAAGAAUAGAAUAAUAUUUAAAAUUUUGGGUAUUUUUUAAAUGCAUCUGAAAAUUGCAUAUAUCUUCAAUGGAUUUUGUAAUAGAAAAAAAAAAUUAUUAUAUGAAUGAUAAAAUACUUUUGCCUAAGGGGGUCUUAAAAUUACUUCGUUAUAGUUGUAAACUCAUUGUAGCUGUGUUCAUUAUAUACUGCAAAUUUCUAUAGGUUUAUGUACGAACUUUGCGGGGACAUGAAUAAGAAUUUGUUACAACCGUAAAUUUGCUAUAUCUGUGUUUGUUAUAUUCGAGUUUUGCUGUAUUUGUAUUUUCACUACAACUCCACCCAAUUUUUUGAACUCUGGUAUCAUAGAGGAGAUGAAACAAAAUGUAGCCAGCCAAAAGGGGAAUAUGUCUCUGGAUCAAAAGUAGCAUUCUUCGACUUACUGUGCACCUGUUAAAUUGUAUGCAGAGAUAUAUACAUUUUUACUACAAAUCCAGUAAUGUUUUUGAAACUCAAUAUUCUAUACUGUUACAUCAAUGUUGAAUUUUGACAAUGUUCUCUGUUGACAGUCCACUUAGUUUGGCAAAUAGAACUGACUUUACCUUAGCCUCAGGUACAUGUCCAGUACUAGAAGUUGUUUGUUUGUGAUGUCUGCCUACUUAACCUUACUGCUGUAUCAUACUUUACUAUACAUACAAUUUUUACUAAAAAAAAAAAAAAAAAAAGAAAGGAAGAAAUUCAAUCCCAAUAUUUUUCAAUUUAUAAAUUUGUAUUAUGAUUUGCUAUAAUAUUUUUGCAUCAAUUUAUACAUGUACUCCUUUUGAUGCAAUGUACUUGGCUUAUUACCUGUAUUUCAUGCCGACAUCAUUUAUGUUGAAAAAAAAAUUAUCUGAAUGUCACAUAUAUUGGUUGCUACCACCUUUGACUUGUGAAUUGACUAUUCAAUGUUCUUAAAAUUUCAAACAUUUCAGUGAGAGGAUGACAAUAUUCAGUUUGUGUAUGAGAUUUCAAUUUCAUAUGUUUAGUAUGAUAGUACCGGUACAUGAACUUGUAUGUAAAUGAAAAUAGAUAAACAUAAUUUUUAUUGGCAUUCCUUAGUUGGUACCAAGCUAUAAAAUAUAUGGUUUAUCCUAAGAUCCAAAUAGAUUACAUUACUGUUCAAGAUUAAGAUAGUAAAAAGAUGUAGAAGCAAUCAAGGUACAGUACAAAUGAAGGUUCCGUGUUGGCGUGUUAUCCAAAAAUUACCAACAUGAUUCAGUCCCAUUACAUGCUUUUACACCCUUAACAUUGCAUUGGUGUUUGGAUGCUGGUGCUGAGGCAGAAUUGCCCGUUUGUUCCAAUUGUGGCAGACCAGAAAUACACUGGUGUGGACACCAAUGUUUUUUUAUUUGUUUUUUCUUUUAAUAUUAUUUUUGUUUGUUUUGUUUUGUUUUUUGCUUUACUAUGUGUGUGUGAGAAUACACACGCCUAUACAUAUCCACUUUAUAAGUUUAUACUUGUGCUAGCAUUAUUGCCCUCGUUGACUGGAAUGAAAACCCUCUUUAAUUCAGAGGCUUUCCCAUAACUGGGUCAAUGACCUACUUUUUUAACUUAUGGUCCUCUGAGUAUAAAUUUUAAAAAAAUCCUCAAAAUUUUAUUUUACAAUAUGCUAAAGACUUUUCUCUUUUAGGGAAAUGUUACAUGUUAUAGAUAUCACUUUGAAGAAUGAAAAAUGGUGUCGCUAAAUAUUAAUAAAAAAAUUGAUGUGUGUCAAAUUAACAAAAGUUUGAAUCUCUUUUGUCUUUUUUCCCAAUUCUUCCUUGCAGUAUUUUGAACUUGAAAAGUAGGAACCAUCCUCCUUCAAAUGUAGGAGCUAAAAUCGAGCAAAUUUAAGUUACUGCAUAUUGAAUCGUACAUCAGUUAUGUUACGCAGACUGGAAAUGUACACUUAUUCUAUUUUGGACUUGAGACUUACAUGUUUGUAUGAAUGUAUAAUAAUGUUUAUCAUUUGAAUGGGCAUUACAGGUUUGCUUAAACAUUUGAGUUGUUAACUGGUUUUUGUUUUUGUAUAAUUUAACACAGCCAUGGCUUUUUGUGCAAUGCAUGUAAAUGUAAAUAAGCGUUUCACAAGUUGUGUUUGAACCAGUUUUAUAAUUAAAUACUUUCUUCCAAUGGAAUUAAAUAUCACAUUUUUGAUAAAA